UUGGUCGCAUGCGGAAUAACAUAACGCAGAGGAGUGUGUCUGUCGACAGUAAGCAAAAAAGCACACCCACAUCUCGGAGUGAUGAUUGUGAGCGAUAGGCACACACACUCACACACAUUGACGUGUGUGACUAGUGACGAGUGAAAGAAAACCGUGUUCCCGUUCCGGUGUCUGUUUUCGUUUGAUCCGUUUGUGUCGGCACACAUUAACGCCCGUGCCAUCGGUUCGGUUGUGCGAAUUGCUCUGAAACGUUCUGGGUGAUCCAUGUUUGUCCAUCAACUCAUUAUGCGAUCGUUCUGUUGACGUGUGCUCAAGCUAGCUGAGCCAGAUAAACAUACAUACACAGAAAACAGGUGACAUGCAUUUAACAGGAUAGUGGUGUCACGGGGCAGUGCAAGCAGUUCCAGUUGUACAGUGUGUAUGUGCGUGAGUGUGUUUGUGUCGUGUAAUGUCGUAUAGAAGAUCCUAUACAAAUAGUGCAUGAGGGCUGGUGGCAGCAAAAGGGCCCGGAAUACUCCCACCGUACCUUGUAUAAACAUCGACCUACCGUAGGGAAAGCGUCGGAAGCGGAGACAGGAAAGUGGCAGGCUAGGUUGACCGAUCCUGCCACAUCGACCAGUGCACCCGGUCAAACGGCAGCAGACACACACACAAACGCGCGCGAUCGACGAAGCUUUCAGCAGCCCUUCUAUCGUGCAGCGUGUAGGCAGCAGCAGUUGGCGUAACGUACGAGACACAGCCCGUAAAAUGGAUUAUUGGAAAUUAAUUGUUCUAAUUAUAUCAGCCAUCUACGUGAAAGUGACCAUAGGACUACAGCGAUUUGCCGAACAGCCCAAGUACACGGAGGUGAAUCCGGGUCAGGAUGCGCUGCUGGUGUGCAAAGUAAUUGACAAGCGUGGCGUCUGCUCCUGGCAGAAGGACAACAAGCCGGUCGGUAUCUAUCCGAAAAAGUACGAAUGGGCCAGCCAGUACGGCAUCGGCCAAACCGCGCACGUCGGAGGCGACUGUUCGCUGUGGGUGCGAGCGGCUCAGCUCGAGUUCGACGAUGGGCUGUGGGAGUGCCAGGUGACGGCUAGCGACUUUACGACGCAGGACGCACUUACCAGCCAGCCGGUGCGAUUAGUUGUCAGAGUACCACCACAGCGACCUAGAUUAGAGCAUGAAGGAGUUCAUGUUCCUCCCGGUCACAACGUCACGGUUGACUCCGGUGCGGUGGCUACGGUAAAAUGUGUCUCCCAUUACGGAAACCCGCCAGCGCAACUAAAGUGGUACCUAGGUGAGCAAGAGAUAUCUCCUAUUCAUCCGCAAACAAAUUCGACGGAACCGGAUAAUCCUAGAACUUGGUCCGCUGCCUCGGUGGUGCAAAUUCCGGCUAACAAGGAGCGUCACGGUACAGUGUUAAAGUGUCUUGCAUUGCACGAAUCUUAUUCCGCGCGGUCCGUUGCAGUUGAGGCGCGUCUCGAUGUAAAAUAUGCACCCACCGUGCGAAUGCUCGGUGCCCCACAAAUCGACCUAGAGGAGGGUAAAGACUCGUUGAUCCUACGGUGUGUAGCAGAUGCAAACCCGCCGGCCAGUAUCGUGUGGCGCAGAGCCGGCCGGUCCGAGAUUGCAAGCCUGCAGGAGUCCCUGCAGCUGCGGCCGGUCGGGCGACGUGACGCCGGACUGUACACGUGCCAGGCGCAAAACUCCGUCGGCACCUCAGACACGAUGUCUGUCCAGCUGGAUGUCAAAUAUGCGCCGAAAAUAUUAUCAGCCGGGCCGGACCGUCUCACCACAGCGCCACUAUUUAGUCCAGCUGCAUUUGAAUGUGUGGCCGAGGGCAACCCUACACCAACCUACAAAUGGGUUCAAAGAAUUUCUACUCAAGGAAAGCCCUUCCUCGAUCGGGGCCGAGAAUCUAGACUGGUGAUAGAUAACGUCACAUACGACUACCAGGGAGAGUACGAGUGUCGGGCGACGAACUUCAUCAACGGCCAGGAACGGACAGCUACAUCCGAUCCGAUUGCAUUGCAAGUGGUCGGGGCACCGCAGGUCCUGCGCACCACUUCCGGUGGCGUUGCUGGCCAUUCGGUUUCGGUUAAAAAAGGUGACUCCGCAACGCUGUCGUUGAUCGUGUGUGCAGAUCCACGACCGCGCCAUGUAGCCUGGGAGUGGGGAUCACUACGGCUCGAAGCUGGUUCCGGUAUAGGUCGCUAUCGGGUGGACGAUGUGACACAGGACAGUCGGGAAGAUUGCUAUCUGGCAACGUUACACAUCGACGAUGCCGAUCUCCAGGAUCAGCGUCCUUACUAUCUGGUGGUUGAAAACGAAAGAGGCACCGAUCGCCAUGCCAUCAGUCUACGGGUCGAAGGAAUGUUUUCAGUAGUGGAACCGCUCGAGCUAAGCUAUCUGCUCGGGAUUGCGGGCGGAUGCCUGGCAGCCUUUCUCAUACUCAUCUGUCUCUGCAUCUACGCAGUGCGGGCGCGAAAAUGUUGCUUCCGAAAUCGUAACAACUACAAGACAUCGGAAAAGGAUAGCGAAAAGGCCGACCUAAAGUCACGCUCGGACAGCACGAGCGUACCGCCGCUCGACUCGAUCUACACGACGCCCACCGGUUUCCACCAUCACCAUCACCAUCCGCACCAUGCCGCGCACCAUCCGCACCAGAACGGAACGCCCGGCUCGCCGGAAGCAAUGAAGUCGACCACCGUUACGGACACAGCGCAAAACAGCCAGCCCGUCCAGCGGCAUGUGAACGGUAUCGACCCGCAGGACGCCGACCUGGUGCUGAGCACGCUGCGCCACCAGCGAGACCUGUUCAGCGGCCCGCUCGGCAUACCGGACGUGACGACGCGGGUCGGUAGCGUUAUACAUGCGUUCGAAACGAUGGCCCGUCAGCGGCAAACGCUCGGUGGGCGUGAGUCCUACCGGGCGGACAAACCGUACGACACGAUGGCCACCGGUGCUGGAUCGUCCAAGUAUCGAUCCCACCGCUCGAACGUGAAGCGCAUUGGGGACGCGAACCGGCACAAGAUCAUACUACCUUCGCCCAACGUUUCGCCAUCGUCCUCGGCGGAGACGGGCCUGCUUUACCAUGGUCAGCAAAUCGCGCACCAACCGGCGGCGUCCCAGAACCCUUCCCACUAUCCGCAUUCGAUGUCGUCGUCGUUUCGACAUUCCCACCACACCGACCACCAGCAUCAUCAGCAUCAGCAUCAUCAUCAUCAUCUUCCACCAACUUCCUUUUCCUAUACCGAUCCUCACGGUGUCCCACCCGCAGUCCGUAGGCACAUGGGCGGCGGUGGAAGUGGUGGUGGUGGUGGUGGUGUGGAUCCCGCUGAGGAAGCCAUACAUAUUAAUAACAAUAACUUUGAGCAAAACUUACCCCAUUUUGUGGACGAUCAUAACAAUCACAGUCAGACCCUGCCGAGAACGAUGUUUCCCGCAUCGUUGAGUGUGUCCGGCACGAAUACCAUCACUGCCGGCGGCCCAACCGCAGCCGGCGAAUCCACCGAGCUACCGCACUUCCAGCUAAAUAACGAGAAUGAAUCAAGUAAUUUCGAUUCGUUGAAUCUAGACGAUGAUUACCGUAAAAGCUCUUUUGGCAAACAGUCAAACUUGCUCCAGCAGCAGCAGCACCACCACCAUCAACACCAACAGCUUUUCCAACGUCGAAAUCCCCCAUCAAAUAUCAAUACACUGCUCUUGGCACGCACUCAACAACCCGGCGGUUCUGCUGGCAAUCGCACCGGACGAGGAUUGUGGAGCUUGUUCGGUGGCGGUGCCAGCCACCACAACCCUUCCAAGCCAUCUACCAACGAACAUGCCAGCACGACGGCAGCAGGGUACAGCAGCAGCAGAAACAAUCCGAACGUGUUUUUUAAUGCCAACUCUUCCACCUCGCCGACCGAGCGCACGGCAGCGGAAGCGUCAUCAGCGACGCCGGCAACGGUUGCUUCGAUUGCACCGGUACCAAUGUCAACAGCGACCGCGUCCAAUUCCACCGGCACAAUGCGCUAUUACAACCACGAUAACAACGCUAAUAGUGCCAAUCGUCGCAGCGUCCCAUCGCACUACGACGCUCGAGACGGACUAGCCGAUGGUGCCGCACCGGGCGGGCAGGAUGGGGACGGCCAGGACGACCAUCGUAGCACCGGCGGUACAGCUUACCGCCGUAACGAAGGUGACACCGGUAUUGCAAACGAAGGCGAUAACGAAGCCACCGAUAAUCACGUUAGUGGCGAUAAAUUCCUACGUGGCAGCACCGUCAGCCAGUCCUUCAUCAAGAACGUGCGGAUUAUAGGGAAGAAAUCGUCCUCGUACGAUGUGAGCGGUGCCAGCAACGCCAACAACGGCAGUGCGGGACUGCGCAAGGACGGCAAGCAGCGGGACGACCCGCAAGGCCGGUCCAGUUCGCGACGGGCCAGUGCCGCCGUCCUGGGUGACGGUGCCGGCACGUCCAGCUCCUCGAACGGGUUCAAGCAUCGCGGCUCGCUAAUGGUGGCGGCCGCGGCCAAACACUUCACCAAGCGCAACCGCGCACCGCAACCGGUGGCGGCGGGCAGUGCAACCGUUGCACCCGCUGACACUGACGAAUUAACCGGUACGCUGCGGCCUAACCCACCCGAAGACGCCGCCAACAACAUCACCCCUAACGAGACCGGAUCGACGAAAAGAACCGACGGUCCGCCGACGGUGAAGGCACGCGCGCCUUCCGGUACAGCUAACAAACGGCUGCUACUUUUUCAACCGCGCACGAUUGAUCGCGCUGAAAUUUGAUGCCAUCGCGAAAUGUGACUCAUGUUCUGGGGGCUAGGGGAAUUAGUGUAGUUACAAUGGGCGGGCAAACGUUGUGAGCAUAGUUUGAAAGCGACUGUACGGGAACAGUGCUCUGUUGCUGUGCUCGAAAUACGACGAAAGAUUAUUACAAUACGAGUUUAGCCAACUGUUUAUAGUCGAAUGUAUACAAAAUUCGAUCCUAUCUUCUGUUGUCUGGAUCUUCUGUUGUCCAACAUAGCCUAGCUAGAAAUCCCAGUUUGAACACAACCUGUCUAUAGUUUAUUGGAGUAAGGCUUUCGAUUAGUAUAGUACGUAGCAAACAGAGCGAUUUACAUUAUAGUACGAAAAUACAAUAUCACCAACUGUAGAAAAUCUGUGUCAUACACGUAGCACAACAACUCAACAAACAAUAGGAAGCAAGUGAAUUUAAAUGCCCGCGUUAUACAUCACCUUUGAAAUACCAACGUGUGUUUCUUACAGAUGUUUUUUCUUGUUUUUGUAAAAUAGUGCAUCGAUUACGUUCGUCCCGUUCGAUCCAAUGAUUGAUAUGGGAUAAAUAGAAGAGGAAGAAUACAGUGCGACACUGUCGUGACGUUUGCGCGUAGCAUAAUGAUACAUAUUUCUUAAAUAUUACUUGAUAGUUUGUAAUUGCGAUCGUUUAGGAUGGAUGAGCAGGGUGUUUGGUGAUCUUCCCGCAAAAGCUCCUAAACUCCAAAUCUGUUUGUUGCAGCUGGAAUUAACUCUAGUACGAUACAGCCGUGGCUAUGGGAGAGAGACACUGGCCAACAGGCAGGUCAAUGAUUUGUUGCACAAAGCGUGUUUUAAACGUCUUCUUCCGCCAAAGGAACGGUUAACGGGGGAAGCGGAUGUACCAUAACUAUAUUUAUAACAAACAAUCAGAGUAUGAUACAGAUCGGAACAACCACUGAAGGUGUAGGACUUUGAGAGAAGAACAGUCAAAAGACGAGUGUGUGUGUGGAAUGAUUACGAUACAUUUGUCACGAAACGUUAAACCAUGUGCUAUAUACCUUAGGUAAGAAACGAGUCACUUCACGACGCUAUAUGGGAAACGUGUUGGACUAAUCGACAUAAUAAUGGCAUAAAAGCAAAACGAUAUUAAUCACAAAUAAACAACAACAAAAAACAACCAUGCAUGCAAAUUACACUGUACACAAACACAGCGUAUCCAAUCAUCUUAGUGGUACGAAAUGUUAUUGAAACAACACUCACUUUCCCAGACACAUAAAAAAAGAACAUAUUAAACAACCAUCAUUGCUGCGCGAUACUGAGCAGGUAAUCAAUUCGUUUACGAAUAUUGCGAUUUUUACUAAUAAAUCCCUAAUAAAUGUGAAGCAGAAAAUCAAA